AUGAGCAACGACGCGCCCACGCCCAUCUCGGACGACGAGGUCGUGGCCCUGACCAAGGCGGCCUUUGAGCACUCCCGCCAGGACAUCAACCACCGCGCCGCCGCCGAGACGCCCCGGGAAUUGCAGCAGCAGCAGCCCGGCAUUACGAUUGACCUGGGCCACAAGAACAUUGCUCGCCUGCCGGACGAGGUCAUCGAUGUCAUCCGGGCCGAGAUUGAAAGGCUCGCUCUUUCCCACAACCUCCUCUCGACCCUCCCGUCGCGCCUCAUCGAAUGCAGGCGCCUUCGCUACCUCAACGUGCGCUACAAUGCCAUGCGCGAGAUUCCCAAUGCCAUCCUCGAGAUGACAUCGCUGGAAAUCCUCGACGUGAGCAGGAACAAGAUCAGGUUCAUCCCGCCCAAAAUUGCAAACUUGACGUCUUUGAAGGUGCUGGCAAUCGCAAAGAACAAGAUUGAGGAAUUGCCAGUGUGCCUGGGCGAGAUCAACAGCUUGCAGGUCCUUAAGCUAGACGGCAACCAGCUGGUCUUUCCCCCGCCCGACGUAUGCACCAUCAAGGACAACGCCCCCUCACCCGCAAACGAGAACGAGCGCGAUGCCGUCAUAGCCACACAAGUCAAACGCUUCAUGCGACAACACAUUGCAAAGGAACGUCAGCGGUCCGAUUUGGAAAGACUGCGUGUCGAGUCUUCUGGGGACGAGAGCUGGACCGAAAGCAAUCCGGAGACACCCCGUCCGUCGAAGCGAGCCAACGGGGGGCGCUUCCCUGUAAGACCCAGUGUAGGCAACAUCGAUGGCUUCUCCGACACCAAGGCAGACUCUCCUGGUCUCCCUGUCCCGCCUAUUCCGGUUCGCUCCCAUUAUCGUGUCGGAUCUACAACAAGCAAUGGCAAUAGCACGGGCAUCGUCGUUUCGAAGAAGCCUCCAGUUUCCCCACUGGUCCUGACAAACGGGAACAACGAGCGCAAUCGAAGCCAGAGUGAAGGCUCAGGGCCUUCGUCGCAUCGCCAGAAGCGGAUGGGCAUAUACACCAACAAGACGUCUGAGCUGGGUUCCGUCGACGAGCUACGGCGGACAAGUCACUUCCGCGGCUUCAGCCAAGGAAUUGUUGUUCCUGCUCACUCUGCCGCGAAUGGCCUUUCAGGUCCUGCAACUGCUGGUGUUUAUGGAGACACAGGCACCGUCAGGUCCCUCGCGAACCGUCCACUAUCUGACGUACGAGAGCAUAGGCGAAACUCGCGUGCGCCGGACAUUGUCGUUGAAGCUGCCAAGAACUUCCUCUAUGCUAUCUCCCAGCUGCACGACUGUGUCUCACACAUGGUACGCUCAAUCAAGCUGACGGCCAAGACGAAAGAAAGCCUGCGUCGCAAGGAAGACUUCUACCGGAGGUACUCAACUACAUACCUGAACAUCCGAGCGCUGAACGAGGUCUUGCACAAGUUUGACCGGCUGGUCGAAGAGGACGAAGAAGAUGCCCAGAAACUCUCCAGAAGCGUGUACAUGUAUGCGCUAAGGUGCCUCGAAUCGUUCAUGUCCAUCAGCCUCUCAAUUGCCGAGAAUCGCGUCGAGAUCACACAGAACGCAAAUGUACACAUCAUGCGGACUUUCUUGUUUCUCCAGCAAGCAAGCAUGAUCGAAAUGAGGAACGCCUGUUCGAUUCUGGGUGCGCAGUUCAAGGACACUUCGGCAGCUUCGCGCAAGCCUAGCAAUCCCGACCCAGUAGCCACAGUACGCGCACGCCCAUCGAGAGUUCGUCGAUUCCAGGCAUCACCGCCUCAGCGCAACGGUGGCUAUCAGAUGCCUCCGCCAGUCAUACUGCACAGCAAUGACAACAGUCGAUCGAACACUUUGACGAGCAUUAGUGCCGCAACGCCGCGUUCUGGAGAGUCGUUCUCAACACUAGCGCCGUCCAUGACCCGAUCGAACACUCUGACCAGCAGUUUCGACGAAGCAGAUGAAGACGCGCAAUUCGACCGAGUCUACACGAAACUCAGAAAUGCAUCUGACAGCUGCAGGCAAUCCAUGCCACAGAUCACACGCAUGAUGCGAGAGCAGUUUGACGGUCUGCGCCGCGAUCUCGACAAUGAGGAUCCCCGAAUAAAGGCGCUAGCGAACCUCAUUGAUAAGAGCAAUGAUGUCCAGCAGAUGACAAAUCCUCUCGCCGCCCGCCUGUCACAGAUGCAGCUUAAAGACAGUUACACUAGGAACCAACCCGAGUUCUGGCAGCAAUGUAUGGGUUUCAUCAGGGCUUGGCAGGAACUUGCCGCAGCGUAUACUCAACAGGGCCGAGAACACAAGCUGCUCUCUGGAGAAAUCAAACAGCUUAUGCGGCCACUGCACAAGAUGGUCAAGGAAGCCACUCUGGCUAUCAACGACAGCCCGUGGUCACAUCUCACUAGCAGCAAUACGGGUUUGAUGGGUCCACCGAGCUUGUCGUCCAUCACUUCACGCGUCCAACCACCUAGGUUCAUGAAACAACCCAACGGGACCAUGUCUUCGAGCGGCGGACCUUCGUUCCCGGGCCCCAUCAACACGUCUAUUCCGGCGAUGGCUUCUGUCUUCUCCGCGCAGCCAUACUCCAAUGCAAGCUUCGGGUCGCAAGGCUCGGGUGGGUACGGCACACCAGUUCCGGCGACACCCCUCAGUGCCGCUCUAGGAGCAGCUGCUCAAGCAACCAUUCCAAACACGCCUCGCGUUUCUCAACCUUCCAAUACGCUCAACGUCUUCGAGCGGGCUGAUCGCUUGCUCAGCCAGACCAGUCGACGUGUGUGA